AACACGUUUUCAGAUUCUCUGUGUAAAGAGCUCGCCGGUAUCAUUUCCAAGAUUUCUGAUUGCUGAAUAACGAUGGCCAGUAAAGACAUACUAAAAAUGGACCUUUAUGGAAUACUGGGUGUUUCGGAAGAGGCCACAGAAAAAGAAAUAAUUAAAGCUUAUAGGAAGAAAGCUUUGAAGUGUCAUCCAGAUAAAAAUCCGGAUAAUCCUAAAGCAAUUGAACUUUUUCAAGAACUGUCAAAAGCGUUGGAAGUUCUGACAGACUCUUCUGCUAAAGCUGCCUAUGAUAAUGUUUUAAGAGCGAAAAAGGCGGCGGAAAAAAGACACAGACAACUUGACGACAAAAGGAAAAAACUAAAAGAAGAUUUAGAAGCCAGGGAGCAACGAGCUGACCAACGUAAGUCUGAUGACAUAAAAAAGAAAGCACAACAAAAUCUUGCAGCAGAGAUUGAAAGACUUCGUAAGGAGGGGUCCAGACUCCUUGAGAAAGAGCAGGAGCUUUUGACUCAAAAAGUCCACAGCGGAGAAGCUGUAGAGGAAGAUGAAAGAGUAACAAUAUCUGUUUCUCCAAAGAUAAAGGUUCGCUGGAAUUCCAAGAAGGAUGACAGUGCUGGAACAUAUACUGAAGAUGUUCUUCAUGUGCUGUUUAGCAGAUAUGGACCAAUAGCUGCUGUUGUCUUCUCGAGUAGAAAGAAGGGCAGCGCAAUAAUUGAAUUUGAGACUGUGACAGCCAUGCUUGCUAAGGCAGAAGAAGAGGUAGGCAAUGUGGCAAACCCUCUGACUGUCACAUGGCUGUCAGGUAAACCAGCUGACGAUUUUUCAGCACAAAAUCAGGCGGCGACAGCCAGUGUUCCCACGUUUCCUACCGCACCUGAAGUUCCUAAUGUUUUUAGCCGACGCGAAAGCUGUGUAACUUCCAGAGACUAUGAGAGUUUGGUUUUGAUGAAAAUGAGACAGGCAGAGGAGAGAAAGAAACUGAUUGAGCAAAUGAUGAAAGAAGAUGAGGAAAGUGGAAAGUGAUAUCCAUGUGGUGUGUGUGUUGUGAGAGAGAGAGUGAGUUGAUAUUACCAGAUUUUGUCUGAAAAAUUAAUGUUAUGAUUCACUUGAUCUUUGAUUUUUAUAAUAUCUCAUGUUUCUUUUUUUAUUAUUCCAAUAACUGUGGGCAAGCAUUAGUCAUAUCAGGUAAAUCAUUCUUUUGUGCCAUGCAACUCUAACAUGAAACAGGAAGAAUGCCAAAUGGUUAUUAUUAAUUACAAAAGUGAAAAAUCUAGCUAGACCUUGCAAAGAAGAUAAUUUAGCAGUCAUGAACUUACAUAGUUUAAAGGAAUUGAGUUCAAUUUCUAGCUAUGUUAAUCAGUGCUUGUUUUUUUUUUAAAGCUGCCAUUUGUGUUUUUACCACAACUAGCUUAUGACAUGAGCAUAUAUGUAUAAAUGUGUUUUAAUAAUUUGCAUUCAGGCAUAUGAAAAUUUUGCUGUUUAGCCUCGUGCUUUCAAAAAUAUAGUUCAGUUGUUAUUCUAGUUUGCCAAAGUUACAUUCUGUUUUGAUUUUUUUUUUUUGUGGAAGAAUGUAAACAAGAAAUCCUUUUAUGGAAAUGAAGUUGAUAUAAAAUAUA